GGAACAGGGAGCGGCCAGGAUGCUGAGCCUGGUGGUGCUGGUGCUGCCCGUCCUGGCGAGCCCCGCCCAUGCGGCGCCUUCCCCAGGCCAGGCACUGCCACGAGCGGGCAUUGUGGGGGGGCAGGAGGCCCCCGGGAGCAGGUGGCCAUGGCAGGUGAGCCUGAGAUUCCACGGGCAGUUCUGGAUGCACUUCUGCGGGGGCUCCCUCAUCCACCCACAGUGGGUGCUGACCGCAGCGCACUGCCUGGGCCCAGACGUCAAGGAUCUGGCCGACCUCAGGGUGCAGCUGCGGGAGCAGCACCUCUACUACAAGGACCAGCUGCUGCCGGUCAGCAGGCUCAUCGUGCACCCCCAGUUCUACACCGUGCAGACCGGGGCGGACAUCGCCCUGCUGGAGCUGGAGGAACCUGUGAACGUCUCCGGCCACCUCCGCACGGUCACCCUGCCCCCUGCCUCGGAGACCUUCCCCGCGGGGACGCCGUGCUGGGUCACUGGCUGGGGCGACGUGAAUAAUGGCGAGCACCUGCCACCGCCGUUUCCCCUGAAGCAGGUGAAGGUUCCCAUUGUGGAGAACCAGGUUUGUGACGCCAAGUACCACACCGGCCUCUACACGGGAGACGCUGUCCACAUUGUGCGUGACGACAUGCUGUGUGCCGGGAACAGCCGGAGGGACUCCUGCCAGGGCGACUCUGGAGGGCCCCUGGUCUGCAAGGUGAAUGGCACCUGGCUGCAGGCGGGCGUGGUCAGCUGGGGCGAGGGCUGUGCCCAGCCCAACCGGCCCGGCAUCUACACCCGCGUCACCUACUACUUGGACUGGAUCCACCAAUACAUCCCCAAGAAGCCCUGAGCCAGGCCUGCAGGUGGUGACCCAGGUCACUGGAGAGCCUUUCCCUCCUGUGACACCCUAAUUUCCUACUCUGCCCACCACACCUGCCCUGCCCUGUCCUGAGUGCCCCUCCCUGUCCUGGGCACCCUGCUCUGUCCCGAGCCCCUUCCCCAUCUUGAGCCCCCUCCCCUGGUUGGUUCUGAGCCCAAGCCCGGAUACCAGGCCUCCGGUGCCCCCUGCCCAGGUAGCAGGUUGUGGGCGCUGACCCUCCUGAGGCCUGCAUCUCAUUAAAGUGCAUGAAAAUCA